AUGGGACAUGGAAAUGUCACAGAAUUUAUCCUCCUGGGUUUUUUUAAAGAUGUGGAUGCAAAGAUUGCUUGCUUUGUGUUUUUCUCACUUUGCUAUUUUGCAAUUCUCUCUGGAAACCUACUCAUUCUUAUCACUAUCAGGGGGAGCCGCCUCAGUGAGCAGCCCAUGUACUUUUUCCUCAGCUAUCUGUCCCUCAUGGAUGUCUGCUUCACCACCACUGUGGGCCCCAAAUUGAUCACAGACUUACUGGCCCAGCAGAAGACCAUCUCCUUCAACAACUGCAUGGCCCAGCUGUUUUAUUCCCACUUCUUUGGUGCCACCGAAAUCUUCAUCUUGGUGGCCAUGGCCUAUGACCGCUAUGCUGCCAUCUGCAGACCCCUUCACUACAUGCUCAUCAUGAGCCGGCAGGUGUGCUAUGUCCUCGUGGUGGUCUCUGUUAUUGGAGCAUUUUUGCAUUCAUUCAUGCAAGUAAUGGUUGUUAUUGAACUUCCCUUCUGUGGCCCGAAUCAGAUAGACCACUACUUCUGUGAUAUAUUCCCCUUGUUGAAGCUGGCCUGUACCGACACACACGUGUGGGUUAUUGCCAUCAUUACCACGACGGGGCUAAUGUCCAUUUUGACAUUCGUUGUCUUGCUGAUUUCCUACAUCAUCAUCCUGUCCAGCCUGAGAGCCCACUCCUCGCAGGGACGCCGCAAAGCCCUCUCCACCUGCGGCUCGCACAUCACCGUGGUGCUCAUGUUCUUCCUGCCCCUCAUCUUCACCUACGUGCCCACGGUGGAUUCUGUGAGCAACGACAAGGUGUUCGCCCUGUUUUACACCAUGAUUGCACCCAUGUUCAACCCCCUCAUCUACACACUGAGGAACACUGACAUGAAGAAUGCCAUGAGGAAGGUUUGGUGCCGAGACAAGUGGCUUGACAGGAAAUGA